UCUCCCGGUACGUCUGAUGCAACAACGGACCAAACAGAACAAGGCAAUGGCAAACAUUGUCAAUGACAAAGAAGCACUGAAAAUUAAUCUUGAUGUGAGACACUUUUCGCCAGAUGAGCUUAGUGUGAAAGUGGUGGAAGAUUUUGUUGAGGUGGAAGGUAAACAUGAGGAGAAAGAUGACGAACAUGGAGCAGUUUCAAGACAUUUUGUACGCAGAUACAGGCUAGACAGUAAGGUAGACAAGGCUGCCAUCAUCUCUAGUUUGUCGUCAGAUGGCAUCCUACAGAUCCACGCCCAAAAGUGUCCCCCUUCGGAGGAGGAUGAGAGGGAAGUCCCCAUCACUCUCACCAACCUCCCGGCCCUGGAGCCUGAUAAUGACGGAGAGGUCGGAGAGGGUGACGAGUAGAUGACAACACUUGCACACCACACACUGACACACCACAGAGCACUUGGUGAUCUUUAGCAAGAAUUUGACAACUUUCUUCACCACGUGUUUUCUCUAUCCACCUCUGACCACAAUGUCUAUUACAGCUUUUAAUUAUAUUAUCUGGCACCAAUCAUGUUGAAAGCAAUGUUUUAUCCUAAAAAAAAUUCUGAAUCAAAUAUAAAAUAAAGUUUAAGUUUAAAGAAAAGUUAAAGUUUAAUUUAAGAAGUUUAAUUAUGACAUUUGCUAAACGAAAACAUUCAUGUAGACCAAUUUUUAAAGAACUUAAUAUAAUGACUGUACCAA